AUGCUGGGUAUGCAAGAAGAGGAGAUAUAUCCAGAUGGUCAUCUUGGGAAGAUCUCUGAUAAUAACCUCUGGCGUGCUCUGGGCCUCCGUCUUGGUCCUCUUCAGCGAUUUCAUGCAGCGGCAUCCGAAUUUUGGAACUGGAAGGUAGAGAAACAACAUGCAUCUGACCCUCCCAAUUCUCCACCCAAUCCCAUGGCAAGCUCUUCUUCAGCUGGCCAGAAACGCAAGGCACCGGAUGAUGAUUGGGCAGUAGUUAUGUACAGGCAGAAAUACAAGGAUGGCCGAGACCCCACAUAUGAUGAUGGAAGACCCGUGUUCAACAUUCCCAUUAGCCAAAACAACACGGACAUGUGGGAUCAGUUUGUGGAGGAACAAGAAAAACUUCACAAUGACAAAGGGGUUGAGGAUUAUGUGAUGGUUGCUGAGGGGGGUUAUUGGAUGCAUAUUCCCCCCACUCGUGGAGGGUUCUUCAACCCCAUAACUGACAACCCUUGUUUGUAUACCCAUGAUGAUGAUCCAUUUUUGCUGUGA